UUUUAUAUUCGAUAAAAUCAACGUUGAACAAAAAAAGAAUCUUUUAACUAAAUGUCUGACAAAAUUUAUUACAAUUGUCCACGAUGCAAUCAGCAGAAAUGGGUUUACUCAUGGUGGCCAGCUUGCACUUUUACUGGUGCUGUUUUUUUCAAAUGUAAUGGAAUCAAUAUGUAAAUUUUACAUUGAUUUUAUUUUAAUCGAGAAGAAACUAUAGAGUCAGCUGGGGUAAU